GGAGCGCCGCGUCCCCUCGUGAUAAAAAACGCCCCUGUGGACACGUACCAUUAGUGUAUGGAGUACCCGUGGCGUGGAGAAGAUCAUCAUAUCAUUCUGCCUUGAAUUAAUUAAAGAAAGAGCCGGCUCUUAUCGUUCACAUAAAAGAGUCGGCUCUUUGAACCGGCUCGUUCGCGUCCAACACAUCACUACCAGUUGCUGCCCGUCACAGUUUGAACCAGACUUCGUCUCGAGUCUGUGCGUCGUUACAGCAACACAGGAAGAAGAGUUAACAACGGAUGUAUGACAAUGACCCACGCUGUGAACACGACCAGCCACGCUGUGUUUCAUCUCUCCGCCUUUAAUUAGAGAUAUUUUAGCGACACAUGAGACCCUCUAACGUUAUAGCUAGUUAUACUGCUCUGGUCUGGAUUACUCGGUGCUUCUUUUGGACCACAAGUUUGUGACUUGAGUGGAUAAAGUAGCCCUUUGAGAGAGAACAUGGGGACUCAGGGAACAGGACGGAAGAGAUCCACCAAGAAGGAGAGGUCGACGGCAGAGGACGAUGCCCUCAAUCUCAUAGCCAGAGAGGCCGAGUCCAGGCUGGCAGCGAAGAGGGCAGCCAGGGCAGAGGCCAGAGAGAUCCGCAUGAAGGAGCUGGAGAGACAGCAGAAAGAGAUCUUUCAGGUGCAGAAGAAAUAUUAUGGCUUGAACACCAAAGUAGAUGACCGAGCGGACGGCAAAUGGGGAGAUAUUGAACAAUGGAUGGAGGACAGUGAGAGAUACUCACGUUCUUCACGGAUACAAACGCUCUCAGACGACGAUGAGCGGAUGUCAGUGGGAAGCCGGAGCAGCGCCAGGUCGGAUCUUGAUGCAGUUGGGGCUUAUGGUGUAGGGGACUCCUCCUUACACUCACAUAAGAAGCCAAAGAAAAAGAAGAAACAUAAGCACAAAGACAAAGAUAGGAACAGCUGUGAUGAUGAUUACAGUGUCCUAUCCAGCAGGAGCUCAAGACUCAGUGAUGAAAGCAGAGUGUCUCGCUCCUCCUCCAGGCUAGACCUAACGAGCUCCAGACUAAGUGAUGACACCCGGGUGUCUCGCGCCUCCAGAUUAGACCUGCAGCCGGCCUCUUAUGCUUCCCCUGACUUGUACAGCUACAAUGGUCUGUCCUCUUCCAGAAACCCAGGUUCAACUUUCAAUGGUUACCAGAGCGCCUUAUAUGAAGAGGGUCUCGGCAGUGGGUCACAGCGGGUCACGAGCUCCAGCUCUCGUCCUUUAGAUUACAGUAGUUACCGCAGCUCCGGCUCCAGAGCCUCCUCCAGGGCCGGUUCGGCCCGCGCCAGCCCAGUGGACAACUGUGGCUCUGUUGCCAGUUUUUUGAGGAGUGCUGCCAGUAGCAGUGGCCUCCCCCGGGACCUGGACGAUGUUACUAUUCCUGACUUUUCUGAUGUGAGUCGCUUUGCGCCCGCAGGACGCCGCGGCUGUGAUGUGGAGGACAGAGAUUAUCUUGAGAAGGGAUCUCGAGCAGCUUCUGCCUUAACAGCAGCAACUCUCACCUCCAUAGGCGGGAGUUCCUCGCGGAGAGGAAGUGGCGAGACGGCCAUAACUGUAGAUGCAGAGACGUCCAUACGAGAAAUCAAGGAGAUUCAUGAACUGAAGGAUCAGAUUCAAGAUGUGGAAACCAAGUACAUGCAGAACCUAAAAGAAGUCAAGGAUGCAUUAGUAGAAGUGGAUGAGAAGUAUCGCAAGGCCAUGGUGUCCAACGCCCAGCUGGAUAACGAGAAAAACAACCUGAUGUACCAGGUGGACACGCUCAAGGAUUCGCUCAUGGAGCUGGAGGAACUGCUGUCUGAGUCGCGCCGGGGAUAUGAUGACAAAGUCAAGGAAUUCGAGCGAGAGAAACAUGCCCACACUGUGCUUCAGUUCCAGUUCAGUGAAAUGAAAGAGACGCUAAAGCAAAGCGAAGAGCUGCUGAAUGACAUCCGUCAGCUGCGACUCAAACAGGAAGGUUUUGUUAGAGAAAUAACUGACCUGCAGGAGACGGUGGAGUGGAAGGAUAAAAAGAUUGGGGCCUUAGAGCGACAGAAAGAAUACACAGAUCCAAUCCGAGUUGAGCGAGAUGAGCUCAGAGAAGAGGUGGUGAAGCUGAAAGACAUUCUGAAGAAACAUGGAAUAGUAUUGGGACCUGAUCUAAACAUCAACGGAGAGGUUGGUGAGACAGACGCUGACGGGACCCCCAGUGCAGACCCUGCCUCCCAACCGGCUCAGGAUGCCAAGACCUCCCCAACGGAGGGGAACAGCAUGCUAGGCCACACAGAGGAGACUCAGUUGAGAAGUAGCGGAGAGGAAGAGGUGGAUCCAGAGCAGCAUCAAGAACUGUUUGAGGAUGCCAAAGAGAAUCACUCAAGCUUUGAUACACUCUGUAAUGUUGCUGUUGUGUCCACACUGGAAACAUCUAGUGAAGCAGCAGAAGAACAGCCAACAGAAGAACAACUGAUAUGCUUAGAAGAAGACAAGAAGACCGCCAUAGAAGAAGACAAUGCUGAAGAAAAUGGCCUUAGCAAGGACUUAAAUGUUGAUAUUAAUGACCAAUCAUUCACAGAGGUCAAAGAUAUAAUCGUUUGCAGCCCUGGGCUUCAAGGGAUUGUAAAAAGUCCUGAGGAAAACGUUCCAGAAACAGAAAUGCCUACAGGGGGAGAUUUAGGGGAGACAAGUAACCCAGAUUUAGGGAAGACAGAAACCAAAAGCGGUAGUGUUGACACACAUAGUGAUGACAUUAGAGAGUCAUGUAACAACCUUUCUGAAGAGCAAGAAAACAAACGGGAAGAUGUUGAGAAAAGUAAUUUGAGAAAUACAGAAUCAUGUCAUCAGCAAAAAGUUGCCCAAGAUGUUAGGAAAGAAAGUUUACCUGAUGAGUCCAUCCCAUCUGUAUCAAACACUGAACCUCAACAAGAGCCUGAGAACACCGAAGAGGCGGAGAACGACGAGGCAGAGGAAAUAUCCAGUAAUCCUCAGCCUCAGGGCGCUGCUGCUUCAGGGAAAAAGAAGAAAAGGAAGAGGAGAGGCAAAAAGAAAGGAGGAACGCACGAGGAUAAGAACCAACAAAAAGAUGGAACAGAUAUAAAAAAGGGCAAAACAGAAAUGGACAUUGGAUCUGCCGCAAGAGAUAAUGUGCCAACGACAGAACCUGAAAUUGAUGGUUCUGUCACUGAAACCCUCAACGAGUCAAGUGUGGAUCAAGUUAAGAAUGAGCAAGACAGGCAAGAAACUGUGGAGGUAGAUGGAGUAGAAGCAGUGGAACCCACUGAAACCGUUUCUCCCAAUGACACUCUCAAAGAAUCAAGAAUGGAACAAACUUUGGAAAUGGAGAAAGUAGAAGCAGCAGAAGCCGUGGCAACUACUGAAACCUUUUCUCACAUUGAAACUCUCAAGGAAGAAAGGGUGGAUGAUGUUACGGAUGAACAGAACAAGGAGCAAAGUGUGGAAAAUAAAUCAGUAGAAGCAGUGGAGGCAGUGGCACCCGCACAUGUUGAAACUCUCAAGGAAGAAAGGGUGGAUGAUGUUACGGAUGAACAGAAUAAGAAACAAAGUUUGGAAAAUAAAACAGAAGAAGCAGUAGAGGCAGUGGCACCCGCACAUGUUGAAACUCUCAAGGAAGAAAGGGUGGAUGAUGUUAUGGAUGAACAGAAUAAGGAACAAAGUUUGGAAGAUAAAUCAGUAGAAGCAGUGGAGGCAGUAGCACCCGCUCAUGUUGAAACUCUCAAGGAAUCCAGAACAGAUCCCAGAAAGGAUGAGCAUGAUGAGGAACGAGCUUUGGAAACCGAGAAAGUAGAAGAAGUGGGAUCUAUAACCAGUCCUGUCCCAGAGACCAACCUCAGUACUUCUGAUCUUAUUGACAACUCCAAAGGUGCCGAGAGCAAUGAUGGUCUUGACAAAGAGUGUUCUUCCAGUGUAGAUAACUCUAAAAGUGAAACAGACAUCUCAGCUGAUGACAAUGUCAUCCAUGAGUCAGAAAUUAUUGAUGGUGCAGAGGAGGAAGUUAGGUCUAUUGAUGAGAUGGCAUCUGAAUGCACAGCUAAUAACCCCGAAAACACCUUUGAAACAAGCGGUAAGGAAAACACUGAAGCUGAAUCACAUGUUCCAAGCAGUGGUGACAUUGCCGCUGAUAAAUCUGAAUCCACAAGCAAUUCUGAGAGUAAAUAUAACACGUCUGUGUCCCUGUCUUCUACUGAUGGCUUCCACGACGCUCUCGAGAGCUUGUCUGGCUCAGAGCAGUCUGCACCCGUGAACAAGGUUUCCGAUAGAGGUCCAGAGGAAGCAACUGAGACAGUCAAAGAUGACGAGGAGCCAGGAGCAGAGACUGAACAAGAAUCCUUUUCUCCCAGUCCUGACGGGGAUGAUUCAGAGCUAAAAGCAGACGGAGCAGAAAAGGAGGAGCUGAAUGGAGACUUGAAGGAACCAGAAGGUUUAGUCGAGCCAGACGGCUCACAUGACCAAAAUAGUGACAGUCUUGUAAGCGCAUCAUUAACAAAAAUCGCUGAUGCAUUUGCCUCUGUAAAGAGUCUGUUUGGGACUGUAGUGCAGGCCGAACAACUGGAUGAUGUAGAAAGCCAGGCAUUACAGUGCGAGGAUCAGAUUGAUGAACCAAAUGCUGAAGCGCCCUCUGAAUCAGAAGAGAUCAAUACCAUUGACACAAUAAAUACACCAGACUCUCCAAAAGAAGCAACUGAAAUUGGGUCCUCGGUUGAGCAGGACCACAGUACUGAAGAGUCAGCCGUCGCAGAAGAUCCAGAAGAUAAAAACAGUCAAAAUGAUCAGCAAAGCGAAACACAACAACUGCCUGAACCCAGCAAAGACAAGUCUGAUGAUGAUUCAUCUCAACCCACCCUGCAGGAGAGCGAUGAGGAUGAGGAUGACAUUGACGAAGGACGGUCUUUUGACUUUGAUGACAUGGAUAUUGAGGUGGCUGUGGCGAUGAGUCUCCCUAAAAUUCCAAAACAGGAAGAAGUGGAUGAGGGAGUUGGUGUCAUGUCAGAUGAAAGCAACAACGGUAGUUCGUCAAAUGAAAAUAGACGAGACGAGCCAGUUGAAAGCAUUGACGAGAAGUGUAUGGUUGAUGGGGGUAACCAGGUAGAUACACAAGAUACUACGCCUAGAGACAACAAAGACUCUUUGGCUGAUGAGGACGCCACGUCUGAAAAAGGGGAACGUGUGGAAAGUGUGUGUGAAAAGCAGGAAAACGUGCCUGAGGAAGAGGUCCGUGUAGCAGAUGAGUCCAGGCCCAUUAUAGAGGAGGAAAAGGUUUCGAAUGUUGGAGAGUUGGGUGUUGUUGGGGAGGACAUUAACCAGGCGAUGUCUCCACCAGUGGAGAUAGGAUCAGAUGCCAUUAAGCAUGAGUUGCAGGGUGAAAAUUUAGAUCUACCAAAGAGUGCAGAGCAAGUGGGCAGCAAUAAAGAGGCACAGCAGACAGGGAAAGAUGUGAAGAGGAACGGCAAGAAAGGCAAAGGCAAGGGCAAAGAGGAGUGUAAGAUGUCUUAGCUUGUAAAUGGUAUAUAGUAGGGCUGUCAAAAUUAGCCAAGAAUGAUGUUUGAAUAUUAGUUCUAAAAAAAUCUAAAACUAUUCGAAUAUCUAUUUUUGUGCUAUGUCCAUGACACCAUGUCCUAACUGGUUGCGAGUGAUGCAGCUGCGCGUCGUUUUGAGCUGAACUUUUGUCAGAAGCCCUGUUUUUAUUUAUUCCUGUCGCAAUGGACGAGGAACGGCUGAUUCGUGAAGUUGAAAAUGAGGAGUUAUCUAUACGAUACCUCCUCAUUUCACUAC